CCGGCUCCACAAUGCGGCGGCUCUCCGGGGGCAAGGGCGCGGCGCGGGGGUCACGACGGCAGCUGGGGCUUUUUAGAUAAGAGAGGUGGGGGACGCUGAGUCACGGACUUGCACGUUCUCACCUCUCCCCAGCCCUCCGGGGGCUAAGGCAAAAGCGAAAGCGAAGGUUCCCGGCGGGCCGGCCCGGGACGCGCGCUGGCAUAAGGCGCGCGGGGCCUCCGGCGGGCGGCUGCGCGCGGCGAGUCUGCGGUCCGCGGGGGCGCGGCGGAGCUCCGUCCAUGACCCCGCGGCGGCUUCGGGGCGGCGGGGUAGACGCCGGCGCGGCGCUGCUGCUGCUGCUACUGCUGCUGCUGCGGCGGCCACUGGAGUUACAUGGCAUCACGUGCCCCACACCCACAUCUGUGGAACAUGCAGACAUCCAGGUCAAGAGUUACAAUCUGAGUUCCAGAGAGCGGUAUACUUGUCACUCAGGCUUCAAGCGGAAAGCGGGGACAUCCAGCCUGACUGAGUGUGUGUUUAACACGACCACAAACGCCGCCCAUUGGACAACUCCCAGUCUCAGGUGCAUCCGAGAUCCCUCCCUGGCUCACCAAAUGCCAGUGUCACCCUCCACAGUAGCACCAGCAGGGAGGACCCCCGAGCCAGAGAGCCCCACCCCCUCCGGAAAAGAGCCAGACGCUUUCUCUCCCAAGUCAGACAGCACAGUGACCACAGGGACAGCUCUCGUACCGGGCUCCAGGCUGACGCCGUCCAAGCCACCUGCAGGAACCACAGGGGUAGUCAGUAAAGGGGCCUCCAAAGCCCCAUCUCAGACCACAGCGAAGACCUUGGAACAAACUCCCUCCACUUCCAACAGGACACCAGGUGCUCACCCAUACAAUUCCAGAGUUGUCGCUGUGGCAGUCCCCACAUCUACCGUAUCUGUCAUCCUGCUCUCUGGAAUAUGUGUGGCAUUAUUUUGGGCACGUUACAGAAAUGUCAGGUCACCUUCCCAAACACCCAGCGUUGAAAUGGAAAACAUGGAAGAUGCACCAAUGACUGGGGGAACUGAUGGCAGAGAGGAAGAUAUAGAAAACUACCCAUACAACCUCUGAAAUUCAAGGGGAAAACCAAGCCAACUCUCCUUUAGCACAAGAGGCCCUGGAAUAUGCUCAAGGGGUUAGGCACCGGGAAAAAGCCCAUCAGAAUAAUAAGACACCCCUGGCAUUGUUUCACUGGCGGGAUGGCCUCUGCCUGACCGCCAUGCUGGGCCUUGGGUCCAGGGGCCUGGUUCCCAAAGCCAGAGCAGUGGAAGCUUCCUGGGGAGAGGUUGAAGGCUUCGAGUCUUCCUCAUCAGGAUUUUUAUUACAUUGUGACAUUUACUCAGGACAGCUUAUCAGCUUGAUUAUCUAUUCUGUCCCUCAUCCUGACUUGCAGUUGACAGAGGAAAAAAUACUUACGUGAGGCUCUAAGUUAAUGACAGGCUCCUCCUGGCUUGGGCGAUGUCCACGAGGAUGACACCAGCAUUUCAGCUCCCAAGGACUCUAUCUCCAGUUACAUAUUCUGCAAUGCUUUGAAAGAAAGCACUGAACUGGCAGAAGAGAAAUUGUGCCCAGUGAAUCCUCUUUCUGAAUUUAAGGAUUCAGAAAGUAUACAUUUAUAUUUAUACUUCCGUGUCUAUUUUUAUCUACAUAUUAUAUGAUUUAUACUUUGAAACUGUGCCUUGUAUAAAUAAAAUGUCUAUUUUCAAUACAAAAAAAUGUAUAUGCACUAGAAGAAUCACUGAGGAAAAAUGUAUCACAAAGAGAAAAAGAAGAGGAAAGAGUGGAAAUGCAGUGUCCAAAAUGGUAGAGUCAGCUUUUCUUUCUAAGAGGAGAUAAAAAUCAUGUAAAAAACUGGAUGAGAUGGCAGAUUGAAAGCGUUUCUAAUAGAAUUUCCAUUGGGUGAGAAGCAAUGUGAUCAAAUCUAGACAGUGGCAGGCUCUGGCCCAGGCAUGCCUGAGUUUUUGGUGGGUCUUUACAAGCACACACACCAUCUCUUCCUCUCCCUCCACUAU